AUGGACCCCGAAUGUCGUAGAUUUUGGGAUGAGACCCUUUGUGAAAUCGGCCGAUUCACAAUGAACAUGAUGUCAAUUCGGUCUCGAAACAAUGUUGAGGAUCUUAACGCCAGCUUCUAUAUUCAUAUGAAACUCUCCGAACUUGCUACCAAUCAGAUGGGAUGCCUCAUCGGCAAUCAUCAACACGCGGAAGCAUUGGAAAUUUUCGAGGCUGCAAAGUUGCGCUAUGCCCAAAUGCGUCGUUCUAUGGAACAACGCGGUUAA